GCGCCCACCAUGGUGCGAUGCGACCGCGGGCUGCAGAUGCUGCUGACCACGGCCGGAGCCUUCGCCGCCUUCUCGCUCAUGGCCAUCGCCAUCGGCACCGACUACUGGCUCUACUCCAGCGCGCACAUCUGCAACGGCACCAACCUGACCAUGGACGACGCGCCCCCGCCCCGCCGCGCCCGCGGCGACCUCACCCACUCGGGGCUGUGGCGGGUGUGCUGCAUCGAAGGGAUCUAUAAAGGGCACUGCUUCCGGAUCAAUCACUUCCCAGAGGACAAUGAUUACGACCACGACAGCUCCGAGUAUCUCCUUCGCGUCGUCCGCGCCUCCAGCGUCUUCCCCAUCCUCAGCACCAUCCUGCUCCUGCUCGGCGGGCUCUGCAUCGCGGCCGGGAGGUUCUACAGCCGCAAGAACAACAUCGUGCUCAGCGCCGGCAUCCUCUUCGUGGCUGCAGGCCUCAGCAACAUCAUCGGCAUCAUCGUUUACAUCUCCAGCAACACGGGGGACCCCAGUGACAAGCGGGACGAGGACAAGAAGAACCACUACAACUACGGCUGGUCUUUUUACUUCGGAGCCCUGUCUUUCAUAGUGGCCGAGACAGUGGGCGUCCUGGCCGUGAACAUUUACAUUGAGAAAAACAAAGAGUUGAGGUUUAAGACCAAACGGGAGUUCCUCAAGGCGCCCUCGUCUUCCCCCUACGCCAGGAUGCCCAGCUACAGGUACCGGCGACGGCGCUCGCGCUCCAGCUCCCGGUCCACCGAGGCCUCGCCCUCCAGGGACACGUCCCCCGUGGGCCUGAAGAUCACCGGGGCCAUCCCCAUGGGCGAGCUGUCCAUGUACACGCUGUCCAGGGAGCCCCUCAAGGUGACCACCGCCGCCAGCUACAGCCCCGACCAGGAGGCCAGCUUCCUGCAGGUGCACGACUUCUUCCAGCAGGACCUGAAGGAAGGCCUGCACCUCAGCAUGCUGAACCGGCGGACGACCCCCGUGUGAGCCGCCCCCUCCUCUCAGCGCCGGCCUCUCCCCGGAACGCCUGUCCGGAUCCCACGCCAGGGCAUCCGAUCCCUCAGACGGACCAACAGUGGGACUGAGGCCAAACCCAACCCUCCCUGGGCUCCAUAAUGUCCCGGGCUGCUUUGGAGCAACGUGGAAGGCUGACUUUAGCCCCCUGACAGGGUGUUUUCAAGCCCCUGGGUUCCCAAAUCUCCCAGGAGGCCAAAAGCUUUCCUGAGGCUGCACGGCCUUGCAGGCCCGGGAAAACAAAAUAGAGCCAUUAUCUCCUCUCAGAAACAAACCUUGCCAGAAGUGCGGGCGCUCAGGGCCUCCCCUCCCUGCCAGCGCUGAGCCACCGGGAGGGCUCUCCCGGUCACACGGGGGCCUUUGGACACUGGUCAGCUGCUUUUUAACCUGAGGUUCCUGUGUCUGUGAGCCAGCAGCGAGGAACGAAGUUGGCGCCCUGCCUCUCUGUCUCUCUCUCUGGUAGUGGCCUGCUGUGGAAAUAACCUAGAAAGCCCUGCGGCCAACUGGUGCUUUGGUUUUUGUGCUGUCCUGGGGCUGACCUCCCUGGACCUGAGGAAACUGAGGCCUGUGGAGAAAUUGCAGAGGAGGAGGCCCCCCCCCCCCCAGACCCAGGCGUGAGGUAAAGGCCAGAGUCUGUUGCUGGCUUUCCUGUUUGCUUCUGGAAGUUUCUGCCUCACACAGAGAGGGCAGGACACACUGACUGUGCUUGAGAGUCCAGAACAUUCCACGGGUCAGAGGAGAGGUGGCUACAGGGCCCCUCUUACUGUGUCCCUCCCACUGACCUGGGGAGCAGCGCCCUCUGUCCCUCCGGAGGGAGGGGGCAGACCCACCCCUGUGGCCACAGGAGCCUACACUUCUGUGCAAGAUAGGGAGCCCCCAGAGUGAACAGGACCAAAAAAACACAGAACAAACACCCAUUUCCUUGGUGGUUAUUAAUCACGAUUUAUUGCAAAUAGAUGCCAGGAGAGCAAGUGACAUUCAUUUCCUCGUCUUAAAAAGUAGCAGCCACCCUCCCCCGACUCCUAUUAUUGUAAUUUAUUCUGCCACCACCUGAAAGGGCUCAGCGGAGGAAGUUUGGAUAAAGAGCCGAGCUGAGCUUUUUUCUUCCUCCUGAUGAGAGCGAAGUCUCAGCUCUUGGAACCAAGGAGGUGGGUUCCGGGUCUGACAUUUUCCCAACGAUUUCCAGCCCCUCCCCAAAGCAAGCAGAGGACGCGGAAGCCGGUCCAGGUUCUGAAGAUGGAGCAUCCCCUCUUUUAUAUAAAACACAUGCUUUCUAAAGAGAAAUCAUUUCUUACUUUUUGAGACUUCGUAAUCCAAUCUUGAACAACCAAUCGUCUGUGACCCCGGUAGCUGUUGACCUUGGAAGUGACCGGCCAGUUCUUACCUCAGCCACCUGUUCACUGAGGCCCAGGGCGGACUCGAGCCCCAGGAGCUCAGAUCCAGGUUGUAGGCAUCGCCACCCUCCUCCUCUGGGAGCGGGGUGUCCACCUGUUCCGCCUCCGACUGACGGCCCCGUGGACCAGCGAGCUGCCGUGGGCGGCGUGCGGGGGCCUCUGUGCUUGCUCGAUGCCCCGUCCUCCGGGAGGUGGGCUCUGUGUGGUGGUUUGUCCCAGCAUGUGCAGCAGUGAAUGCUGAAGUGUCAGGGCUCGUGGCCUGCCUGCUGUGGGCCCACCC